UCCACUGAAAGCGGGGAUGAGUUCAGGAGGUUUAAGGGAACAAAUCUCAGUUUUUUAAAAGCGGAGGAUAAAAAACGGAAAAGUUUUGUCUUCAAAGGAACCGCUGGAGUAUUGUGACCGACAAGGAACCAUUCAACUCCGACCUCCUAUGCAAAGGCUCCAUGGCAUAAAGCCUGUCCUCACAUUGAGCCGGUCCCUGGGGAGAUCUGCCGAGGAGCUCACUACUCUGACGCCCCACUGCCAUUUUCCACAGCCUGAGGGGAACCAGGAAGCAGCCGGCAGGAGCCAUGCCUGCCCUGGCCACCGGAGCCGGCCACGAGCCAGGUCUGUACGAGCUGCUGGCGGCUCUGCCCUCCCAGCUGCAGCCCCAUGUCAGCCGCCCCGAGGACAACACCUUCCUUCAGGACAUGUUCGGGGAGAGGAGCCUCCAAUCGCUGGUCAAGAUCCACGAACAGCUGCAGCACUACGAACAGAGCAAACCCGUCCCCGUCCUGGACAGCGCUGCAGCUCUCGCCCAUGAAUUGUCCGAAGAGCUGGAAGGGAAAUCAGCGAAUGGAGAAAUCAAAGAGCUUCUCAAACUACUGGACAAACCCCACGUGAAGAGCCUCCUGUCAGUCCACGACACGAUCGCCCUAAAGAGUUACGACCCCGAACUACCUCCGCUGCCUGAAGACAUAGACGAUGAUGAGGAUUCUGUGAAAAUCAUAAGACUGGUCAAAAACAAGGAACCUCUCGGAGCAACGAUAAGGCGUGAUGAGCGCACAGGAGCCAUCCUCGUGGCCCGGAUCAUGAGAGGAGGAGCGGCUGACAGAAGCGGACUGAUUCAUGUCGGAGAUGAACUGAAGGAGGUCAAUGGAAUCCCUGUGGACGACAAGAAACCAGAGGAAAUCAUUCGUAUUCUGGCCCAGUCUCAAGGAGCCAUUACCUUUAAAGUUGUCCCCGGCAUCAAGGAGGAGGCGCCAGCCAAGGAGCCAAAGGUGUUCAUGAAGGCGCUCUUUGACUACGACCCCAAAGAGGACAAAGCCAUCCCAUGUAAGGAGGCUGGACUGGCCUUCAAGAAGGGCUCCAUCCUUCAGAUCAUGAGCCAAGAUGAUGCAACCUGGUGGCAGGCCAAAAUUGAGGGAGAAGCCAACCCGCGUGCCGGCUUAAUCCCGUCCAAACAAUUCCAGGAGAGGAGAUUUGCACUGCCGCGACCUGCUGCGACUCUCCAGCCCCAGAAGACCUUGAGCCGACGAGCAUCUGGGUUCAGGAGGAGCUUCCGUCUGAGCCGGAGGGACAAGAAGACCAACAAGUCCAUGUACGAGUGUAAGAAGAGCGAAAUGUACGAUAUGGCUGACGUGCCCACGUACGAGGAGGUCACUCCGUACCGCAGGCAGAGCGGAGCCAAACACAGGCUGGUGGUCCUAGUAGGACCCACAGGAGUCGGCUUGAAUGAGCUCAAGAGGAAACUGUUGAUCUCAGACCCCCAGCACUUCAGCGUGACCAUCCCACACACCAGUCGGGCCAAGAAGAGCCAAGAGAGCGACGGCGUGGAGUACCACUUCAUCUCCAAACAUCUGUUUGAGACGGAUAUCCACAAUAACAAGUUCAUCGAGUAUGGCGAGUACAAAGGGAAUUACUACGGGACAAGUCUAGACUCGAUACGCUCCGUCCUCUCCAAGAACAAAGUGUGCCUAUUGGAUGUGCAGCCUCAUACCAUAAAGCACCUACGGACGGCAGAGUUUAAACCCUUCGUAGUGUUCGUGAAGCCUCCUUCAGUCGAGAGAUUGCGGGAGACCAGACAGAACGCCAAAGUCAUAUCAGGCAAGGACGACAAGGGAACUGCCAAGCCAUUCACGGAGGAAGACUUCCAGGAAAUGGUGAGGACUGCCCAGACGAUGGAGGCUCAACACGGCCACCUGUUUGAGAAGGUCAUAGUCAACGAUGACCUCUCGGCGGCCUUUGGCGAGCUGCGGUUGGCGCUAAAGAAAGUGGAGAUGGAUACUCACUGGGUUCCAGUCAGCUGGACUCACUCCUGAGAUCCACACAAAAGGAAAAAAAAGGGAAGGGCUUUCACAAAAAUAUGCAAGGUUUUUUGUUUUUUUUUUAUCUUUUUAUGUCCGCUGUGGCUGGUGUUCGGGGGAUAACGGGAAUAAAACAAGACAGCGCCAGACUGCUGUGUCGCCAUACCUGAGCUGCACGGAGCUAAAAAUAAGCAUGAGAUCAGGUUGGAUUUAGACCUCAGCUGUGGUCUUGAUGUGGAUCUCCAGGUUUGACCAGAUCUGACAGUGCUGAGGCUAAGGGCUUCUCUCCAGAAUACGGGCCUUUGACAUCGAUCUGCGUCUCAGUCUGGGCCACACAACCAUGGCAAGGACUUAGCGCUCCUUGGUCCAAGCCAGAAUGUGGAACGAGCCUGGACCGUCACAGCACCAGCAGUCCUGCCAGCACAUCCGCGCCAAGCAGGACUCCGUCUUUAGUGUGUUUAUACCAUUAGACCAUUAGAAACCAAAGGGAUUGACAUAUUUCUUCACGGUGGAGAACUUACAUGCAUACGUCUGUAAAAGAACAUCUGAGGGAGAAAAAAGGGGGGGAAAGAAAACAUAUUUGCCUUCUGUCUUACUAUUUCUGUGCUUCUAUAAUGCUUCCAAACAAAACAUGAUCAGGUACACUCACAAGAAAGGGCAGUAAGUGUAAUUUUAUUUAAGAGAAAUUAAUAUAUUUUCUAAUAUCCUCCAGUUAUUUUUUCGCGUACCGUUUUGUAUACAUAUCUCGACUUUUUAACGCAACCCGAUCUCGACUGUAGCCCCCUCUCUGACAGCUUUGUGCACCCGAGGCGUCUUGUCUUUCACUCAAGUGUUUUGAUUCCAUCGCCCUCGUCUAGUUUUCCCUCCACAAAGCACAUACAGAGCCAUUUUAUUUAGGUGUUAUAUGUUCCAUUUAGCAGCGUUUUUCGGAAAAAAAAAAAGGCCACUCUUCACAUGAAGGUGCCCAGCAUAACAGCUUUGCCAUUUAACGUCCCAGAGCUGGACACUUGCGGCUGUCUGCUAGAAGAAAAUGUUCACAAUUGUGUUUUAUUAGGGUGGAGUCUUUAUUUUGAUUCACAUAAAAAAAAUAGCUUCAGCGAGGCUGCUAAUAGAGAGUCCACAGCACACGUCCAGGACUUUAGCUCAGAGAAAAUGCUAAGUAGCCGCUCCUGACUUUAUGAGCAUUGGACAUUUAUUGCUAAUUUAAGUCUCAUAUUCCCAGUCUGACUUACUUGAUUUUACUCAGUGCUUUUCUUUUGUAACUUCUAACUGAUUUUCAAAGCAGCGAGGCAAUAUUCCUGGCUGGUUUUUUUCAUCAUUAAAAAUGCUACAGCCCUGUAGCUCCUUAGCUCUUUGCUGCUAAUGUAGUGAAACCCUGUUAAAAGCAACAUUUCAUAUUUUAAAGCAAUAGUUUCCCCUCUUAUUUUUUUUUUCUUGCAGUAUGAGAUGAGAAGAUCAAUACCAAGUUCAUGUCUAUAUACUGUUUAUGGACCCUAGAGCCAAAAAGCACUUAGCUUAGCUUAGCCUCAAGACUGGAAACGGGAGGAAACAACCAGCUAGCACUUCUAAAGUUAUGUUUCUGUUGGCGAACAAGAUAUCUGAUGAAUUACUUUUAAUGUGGACAUCUUUUUUAAUUUUGGAGAGGCACAGUAGUUGUUUACUCAUGCUUUGUCUGUAUGCUAAGGUAAGCUAAUGACCUUCUGGCCCUGGCUGCAUCUGUUGUUUUUUUUUAAAUCCCACUUUAUAAGAAACCACCUCUGCAUGAUGAAAGCGGGUUGCUUGAUGUCAAGGCCUGAUGAUUGGCUGCUGCUAUACUGCAAGCCAUCGCCACUGAAAGAAACUGUAGCUAGUUGUGGAUGUACCCAGCAGUCCCUCCACCUCAUGCCCCGCCCAGAGGCUACCAGUUUGCUGAUCUGGUGCAUGCGUGCACAACUAAAGGUUCAUCUCUGCAAAAUAUGACUGCAACAAUAGCUUGGAAAAUAGUGAUAUGGGUAGUUAAAGGGAAUUCUUGCAGAUUUUUAACCAGCUGUCAUGCAGUGUGGGCAGUUUGUAUAGCAGAGGUCUGUGUGAGUAUGUGCAUGUGUGUGUGUGCGUAUUGCGUGUGUGUGGUGUAGGUGUACCAGACGUUUGCAGGUGGGCAGGGAGCUCCUGGUACUGGUGACUAAGGGGAAGCCAAACACUGUUAAUUUGCACACACUGCCCACAUUUUGGUGACAGAGCUGGUUGAAAGUUUCCCUUUAAGUUCUGCAGCAACUUGAUUUGAGCCAGUGACUGUUAGUAAACAAACAAACACAUACUGUACAUGUAAAUAAGACACAUAGGGCCUCAUGCAAGAAAGUAUAUACAA